AGAGGGCUACUCCUCCUCACUCCUCCUCACUCCUCUUUCUCCAUUCACAGAGAAAGCUCUGAGCUCCUUCUUGAAUGGACCCCAUCUCUCCGAGCCAAAACUUGCUUUCUGCUGUUGUGGACGAAAACUGAAGAUCACCACUGAUCAAUCUGUCUGUUUUUUUUUUCUUCUUUUUUCUUCUUCUUUUGCUGAGAAACUUGGCUGCAGAGACUGUGCUGUGUCGCCAUGAACUUCUGUACUUCUGUCAGACUUGAUGACUUUCCAGAGCGCCUGUGUGUGGUGUCGUAGACGACUGAUUCAGAGAAGAGCUGAGAAAAAGAAGACGUACUCCUUAAAGUGACUGAAAGACUCCCAAGGAUUAAGAAGGUGGACACAGGGAGACGGAUCGAAUUUAAAAAUAGCCUUCCUUUAUCCCAGUUCUCUCCCCUGGACCGCGAUGGGCUCAGAUGUACGCGACCUAAACUCCCUGCUGCCCCCGGUCCCGGCGGGCCCCAGCCCUGGCUGCCCGGCCCUUCCCGUCAGCACGGCCCCUCAGUGGGCUCCUGUCCUGGACUUCCACACCGCCCCCUCCCCUUACACCUCUCUGGCUGCUCCCCACUCUUCCCUGGGGGCGCACUCCUUCAUCAAACAGGAGCCCAGCUGGGGGGCCGCUGGUGACCCCCACCACCACGAUGCAGAUCCCCAUUGCCUCAGUGCUUUUACCGUCCACUUCUCGGGGCAGUUCACGGGGACUGGGGCCUGCAGGUACGGUGCGGCGUUCGGGGCACCACCUCCUCCGCCAGCCCCGAGCCAACCGCCACCCGUAGCCGCCCCGCACCACCACCAGCCCCCCAGCAGGAUGUUCAGCAAUCCGCCAUACCUGACCAACUGCAUGGACACGCAGCAGGCGGCCCGCAACCAGACAGGUUACAGCGCAGUUGCAUUCGAUGGAGCCGGUAAUUACGGUCACACUCCUACACACCACAGCUCGCAGUUCUCCAACCACUCCUUCAAACAUGAAGACGCUUUAACUCAGCAGAACACGAUGGGUGAGCAGCAGUAUCCUGUACCUCCUCCUGUCUAUGGGUGUCACACACCUUCAGAUAGCUGUACGAGCAGCCAGGCUCUGCUUCUGAGGAACCCUUACAACAGCGGUGAAAAUUUAUAUCAAAUGACCUCUCAGUUGGAGUGUGUGGCAUGGAACCCUGUCAAUACACUGGCAUCCACCAUAAAGAGCCACGCAGCCAGUUAUGACAGUGACCCCAGCACCCCGAUGGUAUACAGCUGCAGCACGCAGUACCGCAUACACACACAUGGAGUCUUCAGGGGAAUACAGGACGUGCGGCGGGUGCCCAGCAUCGCUCCAGCCAUCGUGCGGUCAGAAAGCAGCGAGAAGCGCCCGUUCAUGUGCGCCUACCCAGGAUGCAACAAGCGCUACUUCAAGCUCUCCCAUCUGCAGAUGCACAGCCGCAAACACACAGGGGAGAAACCCUACCAGUGUGAGUUCACAGACUGUGGCCGCAGAUUUUCGCGCUCUGACCAGCUUAAAAGACACCAGAGGAGGCACACAGGAGUAAAACCGUUCCAAUGCGAGACGUGUCAGAGAAAGUUCUCUCGGUCUGACCACCUUAAGACACACACACGGACUCAUACAGGUAAAACAAGUGAGAAGCCGUUUAACUGCCGGUGGCCUAACUGUCAGAAGAAGUUUGCCCGAAGCGACGAGCUGGUACGACACCACAAUAUGCACCAGAGGAACCUCACCAAGCUCCAGCUGUCCAUCUGAGUGUGUCUCUGCAGCCCGUUUCCAAGACUAAAAUAUUAACAUGUCAUUUUGCGUAGCCCAAAACAAAAAAGCCUCCGUGGGAGUCUUAAUCUGACAUUUAGGACUUAAAUUUUACGAGCUACACACCAUAGUCUGCACUCUGUGGUGAAAUGCAAAUCUGUCUAAAAUCAAGGAGAAUUCUGACAAAGGGGAUGUAGUCUUGGAAACUGCAGUAUAUUACUUAGUUCAUCAGUUCAGUUGAUCUCAAGGCCAGCUCAGAUCAGCUCAUACCUUCCUUACCCAUUCAGCUGACUCUCUCAUUUAAGCUCUCCACUUGCAACAUACCUAUAACUGUGCUUCACCUUUUAUGCUGUAUCUGACUUAAGCAUCUCAUCUUCGUUCUUAAAACCUGCUGUGUCCUGUGAGCAUGAAAUAGGGAGGUGUCUCAGAACAGUGCCAUGCUUCUUAUAUAAAUCACUGCUGAUGGAAAGGAUAAUCUUCUUUUACUGACAUGUGUUUUUGCUUCUGUCAAGAAAUGCAAAAAAAUCCAAAAACAAAAUCAUCAAUGUGUGAAAAUCGCAGCGACCUCCCCAAACACCCUCGUGCAGAGUUGCUAUGUCAUCUGGUAAGAUGCUACUUUGGCCAGUCAUAGUCCUGGUAGAGUACUCAAUGGUUAUUUCCCACUGAGGUUUUUUAUCUUAAACAAAGUACUUCAAACGCGCUGUUUUCACCAGCACGUCUACAUAUUUUCAUGCUCUCUCUAUAUUAUCAUUUCUGCAAUAUAUCUAUGUUAUUCUGAGCUCCAAACUCACAACAUUUGGCCAUGUAUGUUUUCUUUAAGGUGGAAUAACUUCCUAAAACACCUGAGUAUUAGCAGGUUUUUCUCAAACAGCAAUACGUAGUUCUCAGACUGAUGUCUGCUGAGGAUCUGGCUCAGCAGCGAGUGUAUGAAAUUAAAUUACUAAAAAAUAAAGAAAUCUCUGUAUGUCGAUCUACGCAUAGCUUGACAGCUGCUUUCUGUGAUAAUUUGCAGUGUCACGUUUGAGGUUGUUUGGAUGUUUCAGCCUCAUAUAUUAGCUAAAAGUUGCUGCCUGCUCCACUCGGUGUCUAAAGAGGAGGUCCACAUAUACAUGGCUAACAUAAAUCUAAUCCAAAGCCCUUUUACCUCCAGCCUUCACAGUCAAGUACCAAACGUUUGCCCUAAUUCUAACUAUACCUCUAAAACUCGGACUCAGAAAAAGUGUGAACGGUGCAAAAAAAUAAAAAUCCUUCAUCACACUGUUGGUCUUAAAAUGCUUCUCACAAAGAUAGCUCUAUUUUCUAUGGUUUCCAGUCACAGAUGACUUCUGUGUUUGGAGGAGGAGCUCCAACCUGCCACACUCACACACACACACACACCUUCAGCGAGUGUAUCCUUGUAGCUGUUCUCAGUAACUUCAUGGCUGUGACGCCUUUAGGGGACGUUCGUAAACUGUAGCCAUAAAAAAAUAACCCGUGUUGCACUCUCUCCAAACGGGCGCUAAUUAUGGCGCAUGCUAGUCAGUGCAAUGCUGGUAUUUUUUAAUUAUUGUGGCCUAAUUAUUGUGACACAGAGGAGUAAUGUUUGAGUGCAGCCUGCUUCCCCAGAUGAUGGUGUUUUUUAUGGGAUUUGUUGACAGUAAAUAACAUACAUAAUCAGUUUUACAUAGAUUCUCUGUACCCAUGUUUCAGGAGAACCAAGAAGAGAUAACAAAAACAAAAAGCUUCACCUGAUAGUUUUUCUUGAAAGUAAAACGUGUUUCCACCUGCAUAAAAUAUCAUUUCAGGCAAACAUUGGGUGUAAAUGUUCUAAAAAUGUAUGCAAAUCUUUCAUUUUACAUUUCCAUGGCCAGGAUGUGUUCCAGAGGACGCCAGAUCUUAACUGUUCAAUGCUGCAGAGUGAGGUCAAAGGUUAUAGUCAGCGGCCUACAAACCUACAGCUUAGCGCCUUUUCAGCUGUUGUAAAUAUUUCUUUUGCAAAACUACUUUAAGAAGGCGCACAUGUUACCAUUUUGCAUAUAAAACCUGCUUUCACUGGACGGAUUAAAUGCAGAGAGAGAGAUUUUUUUUAAUCGUCCUUUUAACAAUAAGCUGCUUUUAAUCUGAAAGAAUCAAAUCAAGAGAAUAACUUGCAGCUUUGCAGCACUCGCUCUGUGAAAGCUUUUGGUGUUUUGUCUGGUCUGCAUAAAAUAUCUCGUUGCCACAAACAUGACUUUACGGCUGUAUUUAAAAAGCUGAACUUUUUUGUUGUUGUUGUUGUUGAUUAAUGUGACUUUUUUUUCUUGGAGCUCAGUUGUCUCUUGUCCCUGUGGUGUGUAAAUAUUGCUGGACUUUGGCAGUGUUUUCAGCACUGCGAGCUUUAAAAUAUGUCUGCCGGGUCACACUGGCUCUGUGGCCGAGACAUUAUGGUCAAGAUGUAAAUAAUACUUCUUCAUCAUGGGAACUGAACUGUUUUCAUAGGGGGAAAGAUGUAAAUUAACUGAUAUAUAUUAGACUUCUCUUUGGAUGAAUCGAGAAACUGUUUAUAUUUUUCUUUCUUUUCUUUGAAGUGUAUUAAUAUUGGAGUCAUAAAACAGAAAAUGUCAGUGAAACAUUUUGUACUCAAAGUGUGAGAUUGAAAAUUUCUCUCUGUUUAAAUGUCUUGUGACUGUUUUGAUACAGUAA